AUGGCAGCCGACGAGUCCACCGAAAAAUUGAUCAGCCCCACCUCGAUGGGCCAUUUUGGCGUACGAACGCCUCCAGAGCACUACCAGGCUAUGGUGAAGUGGCACUUGGACUUCUUCGGAGGGAAGACGGUUUGGCAGAACGACGUCGCAACUAUGAUCACAUUCGAUGAUGAGCACCAUCGGGAAGUCAUUGUGUCAGAUGCUGCGUACAAGCUCAUUGAAGACCGACGGCACGCCGCUGGAAUCUAUCAUAUCGCAUUCAAUUUGCCAACACUCGCGGACCUUGCAACGAGCUACGAGCAGAAGAAAGCCCGCGGUAUUGUCCCUCACUGGCCUGUCAACCACGGAAUGACAACGAGCAUGUACUACUUUGAUCCAACUGGGAAUGAGUUCGAGUUGCAGGUCAAUAACUUCGACACAACUGAGGAGGCAAGGCAGUUCAUGGAGAGCGCUGAGUUUAAAGAGAACUCAAUUGGUGUAGACCUUGUCGUGGAUGACUGGAUCAAGAAAGUUCGGAGUUGUGAGGACGAGAGCGAUCUCAAGAAGAGACCGAUCAUUGGGAGGAGACAGUCCAGGUGGGAGAACUCAAUCUACUUCAAGCUGGAAGAUAAGUGA